UUUGUUUUUUUUGUUCUUAUUAUUUUUAGUUUCUUUUCAGUUUAAUUUUCAUUAUAACUUAAUAAUCACGGUCACUGUAAAAUUAAAUUUUGUUGCCCACAAAUUUUACUUAAUAGAUUACUAAACCAGUUUUGAAAUAUCACAUUAUUGUUUAAAAACAUAAAUGGUUUUUAAUGGAUGUUUUAUUAACAUUAAGGUUUUAAUUUUGAUCGUUGAUAAUCAGUAACAUUGAUGCCGCAUCACUAACUGGUACUGCCAACAGAAUUCCGUACGAGCUGCCACUGGUUGUUUUAGUAGAAACUAUUUCAAUCAAAUUAAUUUCAAAGCAUACCUGAAAAAAAUUUUCCAUAAAAUUUCCCAUUUUAUAAGAGAAAAGCAAGAACAAAAGAAAAUGACUGAAAAUAUAAGUGUAAAGCGAACAUGUUUUCAAAUACAAUUAGUAUCUUGAAAAUCAUUUUGUAGAUCAUUUACAUUCCCUGCACACUUUUUCCAAAGACCUCGAGAAACAAAUACUGAAUGUUCCAAAAAUUGGCAUGAUUUGAAGCAUUAAGAACAUUACACAAUGCAUAUUCGUAUUACAUUUGAAGAUAUUUUUUCAAGAAUUGUAAAAGAUAUCUAUAUUUUUAAAGUAGAUGGAUUUUAUCAUAGCUUAGCAAGUGUGGCAACAUAUUAGUAUGUGUUUUUUGCACAAAAAUGUGAUGACAAUUUUGCUUUUGCCAAAUUCAUUGUUGUUUUUUGUGAACUGUAGGCUGAAGCUUUCCCACAGCACAUAUGAAGCGAGUCAACUCUUCUAUAGAACUAUUUUGGUAUGAAAAGGUGUCAAAAGUUUUGCAAGAACAGUGAUCCAAUUGAAGUCAAGUGUAUCCUUAAACAGUAUGAUUCAUUUUAAUAUUAAUUUAUUUUAAAUAAAUGUCUUCAUUGAUGAAAUGAUCCAUUUAAAAAAAUGUUCCAAAAAAAUAAAUAGAUUUCAACGUGUCAUACUCAAAAUAUAAAGCAAGGAAAGAUACAAAUUGCACAUUACGCACCUUAAAUAAGAUGUAGUUACGUCAAAUGUAAAUAAAACCCAGUGGGAUAAGUCAAGGUCAAUGAAGAAUACAUUGGUUAAUUUGAAAUUCUUGCAGGGAUGUUCACAGAACUGGCAAUAUUUUUCAAGUCUCAAUAUUUGCUUCCUUGUCCAAACAUUGAACACGUUUAUUUCUUAAUUGACUUAUUUUUAGUUUUAAACACCUCUCAGUUUAGAAAAUGUAUAAAAUCAAUAAUCACAAGAAUUCUUAUUUGAAGCUCAUCUAAAAGCUUACACUGUACAGCUUUCAGUAUAUCUACAAUCACGUUUAAAGUUAAUGUAAUGUAUUACCAUUAUUCCAACCUCUGUGAUCUGAAAAACAGUCAUGAAUAUUCACAUUUGAGUUUAAUAUUCGGGUCCAUUUCUCAACAGGAUUCUCAAAGCAUAUAACAUGCACUUUUAAUUGUUGUAGAGAAGCAUUAUGAAUGAAGGUUUGAAAUAAAUACGAUGAAGGCUGAUCAGCAUUAUCUUCAAUUAUUAUCAAGGAACUAGGCGUUUUUCUUGAAGUAAAGCUAGACAACAUUUUAAAUAUCUUUUAAACAAUUACUUUUUUUAAACCUUUGUUGGAGACGAAAUACAUUUUAGCACUUCUGGCUGGCUCCCAGAUUCAUGCUUGGUUUAUGCUAUAGCUGGACGUCACAUUUGUAGGGUCAUAUCGACUCCGAUUGGCCGAAGUCAAUUUGAGAUCUAAAUCUCAUUGGAUAUUAUCACUCGUCUACCCGCGUUUCGCUUGCACGCACGUUUUGCUGGAUGCCUUCUGGUCCUGGUCGCCUUAUCAUGAGCACGUCAUUUCGCGUCCUAUUUGUCAAUUGUUUCAUCUACUUCAUUCUUUCGAGCAGCGCAGGAUCAGAAUGGUAUCAUCAAUGGUAUCGUGGUCCUCGAUAUUGUACAGCUCUAUGAGCUCAGAAGCAACCUGGGAAGGGAAGGAAGGUACGAGAAGAGACUUCAAGAAUGUGUGAAAGUGGAAAGCAGAUGCAAAAGUGUUCGGCUUCGACGAAGCAGAUGGAUGUGAUGUGCAAAGUGACAUGUGUGUGUAUUUUGCGGAAAAUUGGUUACCUUCUUUACAUUGUUCUAAUCUUAUCCUUUACAGUGCAGUGCGUUAGUAGCAGUCACAUAACUGGGACGUGGAAUACAAAGGAUUUUUUUAAAUUUCUAGUGAAAUUUGGUGUUCAGAAAACUAAUAUGCGUAAUCAAAGGGACUCGUCUGGAUAUAUUUUUGGUAACAUAACAUCUAAAGUAAAUUCUAGUAAAUAUGUGACAUUUGCGGUUUUAGAUAGAGGUUAUUUCUUGGAAUAUUAUGGAAAUAGAACUGUCGUAAACAAGGAGAAGGCUUGCAGGCUUAUGUUCCACAAAAUUGAAUCGGCUGCGUAUGACAUUCGGUGUAACGUUGGUGGCGAAAUAGACUUUUUGAGAAAAGUUCCUUGUCCUGAAAACAGUUUAUGUGUUGAUGAAGAUACACCAUGGAAUGUAGUAAAGGGACACCAGUUGACAUUUGUGGUGGAAGACGUCAAUCAACCAAGGUUUUGGUAUAUAAGCUUGGUGGCUUGUUAUCAAGACCCUGAGACUUGUAAUUGGCAUCAUUACACUGAAGAAAUUGAAUUGAAUUACGAUCUAUGGCUUGUUAAUGGAAAUCCGAAUGUCAGCAGUUUUAAUCCUUUAGUUUACCAAUUUUCUUUUGACAAGCAGGAUACAGUAGAGCUGUAUGUGGUGUUCUUUUUGGUGUACAUGGUGCUAGUGCCUCUGCAAGUUUAUGCGGCCAUGAGGCAACAUCAUCCAGUGACACGCCUCUUCACUGCCAGCCUCAUUCUAGAGUUUCUUGCCCUUAGCCUCAUUCUUAUCCACGUCCUAAAAUUUUCACUUGAUGGAGAAGGCGUCCAGCAGCUUGCAGUGGCUGGUGAUAUCCUAGACAUCCUCUCAAGGGCUUCGUUUAUGCUCUUGCUCUUGCUCCUGGCAAAAGGGUGGGCGGUGACACGGCAGGAAUUUACUUGGAAGCCCCUGGUGUUUGGUAUUUGGUUCCUGUAUGGUGUUGUCCACAUUCUUCUUUAUGUCUGGAACAUGACUGAAGUUGAUAUUAUAGAAGAUAUUGAUGAGUAUCAGACAUGGCCUGGUUGGCUUAUCAUAAUCUUCAGAACUCUUAUCAUGGUGUGGUUUCUGUUUGAGUUGAGAAAUACCAUGAUGUAUGAACAUAAUACUCAGAAGCUGAAUUUCUUCCUACAUUUUGGAGCCUCUGCUCUUGUGUGGUUCAUUUAUUUGCCAAUCAUAGCCCUUAUUGCCCUCCAAGUGUCUGCAUUAUGGCGCUUCAAAUUAUUGCUUGGGAUAACAUACUCAGCUGAUUGCCUUGCAUAUUGUGUUAUGACCCAUCUGCUGUGGCCUACAAGGAGUGAACAGUAUUUCUUAUUGGCAGAAGAGACUGAUCUUGGAGACGAGUUAGAUGAGUUUAAUGAGGCUCCACAUGUUAUCAAUAGUUAUACAGCUUUAUCUUCAGGUCAUCGUAGAAUUCCCUCAGAACCUCCAGAUCUCACAAAGAUUAUUGCAUAGCGUAGCUAUAUUUAUAUUGAUUUGGUAUGGGGUAAAGAGGGAGUGAAAAAUCAAAUCCGCUGUUUACCUUCUUUGUUAUGUAGAUACUAGAGUUAUUUCAAAUCUUUAUUUUGUUAAGAAUUUUUUUCUAGAAAUGCAUUUUGUGCUUAUGACGAUCUUUAGUGCCAAAUGUUGUCUGCUUUUUGAAGUUCUUUUACUUCUGUUACCUUUUUUAAAAUGGUAAACCCAGGGACAAAGAAAUGGUCGUAAAUAUUGUGUUACUUAAUUUUCAUAUAAUUUAUUGAAAUUUAUUGCAUAGUUUUACCAGUAUGACUAUAUCCUCUAUCCUGUUGUGUUAGGGGGGAGAUGGGACAUAUUAACAUCGAUUCUUACAAAAAAUAAAUACCGUACUAUUAUGUGGAAUCUAACAAGGAACUAAAAAUUAACAAAUGAGUGAAGUAAAGAUCUCAUUUUUUCCCCUUUCUUGUAAUGAUGAUAAAAAUGUAUUAUCUCUUGCCGGUUAUACAUUACUGUUACCAUUUUGCUUCCUUUGCAUGAAAGCACAAUGAUUACCUUUUCAAUUAUGGCACUGAAUGAUCAAAAUAAUAUAUUUUAUUUUUGCAGUAUUUUUCUAUAGUGUUCACUUUUAUAUCUUUCCUAAAGACGAAUGAUGCAUGUUAGAGAGCAGUUUACUUCUCUGAAAUUCUUUGCUUGUUAGCUUGUAUUCACAAAUUGAAUAUUUUGUGACUCCAGUAUUACUCACGAACAUAUCAUAAGAUGUUUGGUACUUCAAGGCACAUAUUUUUAGCAUUGAGUUGUUACUUGAUGAAAUCAUUAUACCACUCAGAUGGUUUAGUCAGUUCCUAGAAACGAAACAAGGUAUGUAUACUAUGUAUGUGAACACUAGAUUAAUCUCACUUCACUUAGGUUAUGAUUUGCUAAUAUUUUCUGUUAAUGAGUCACUGAACAAAGUUCUCUUACCUACAUUAAAUGGUUUUUCACUCCUCUCAUGUUCUAUUUUCAUUUAUUUUUUAUGUAUUUGAUGGUGCUAUCAACAUCUUUCUCCUUACAUUUUCAUUUCUACUAUUUCUGAGAAAUAUAGAAGUGAAGUAUUAUCAGGCAGUUUUCAUGUACUACACCUUUGAUGUUUUAUGUGUAUUUCAGUUAUGUAUGAUUAUAUAUGUACAUAUGUAUUUAGUAUUUUAUUUGCUAAAAUUGCUGAUUUUUAGCAUAAAAAUCAUUAUUAUUAUUAUUAUUAUUAUUAUUAUUAUUAUUAUUAUUAUUAUUAUUAUUAUUAUUAUUAUUAUUAUACAAAGUUUCUUUUUUGUCUAAUUGAUUCCUUUUUAACCUCUCUUUCCGUUCUUUGAACUCACAGCAUCAUUUAUUUGCUUGUAUUUUUCUGAAUAAUCUCAGAGUUCUGUCUUCUAGAAAUUCCUUUGUGCUUUUAUCACACAAGUACCUAAUCAUUUCCUCAAGUUUUCUUCCUUUUAUUAUUGAGAUAAUAAUUUUCUUGUUAUGUGGUUAUUUACUUCUUUUCACAUUGUCUUUGGAAACCUCUGUCAUAAACUUUGAGAGAUGUUACCAGUAUCACAAGUAUUUGAUAUUUUUCCCUUUGAAAUGUCUCACAAACUCCAAUAGAUGUCUCUGAAGCAGUACCCAACAAAAGUGGAGGCUACUUAUGGCAAAGGUUAUUCUUUUUUUUUGGUAUCUUGAUGUAAAAUCAUUCACUUACACUACUUUUUACCUUUUUGAUUACUAUUUCCUGCUGUCAUUAAAGUUUGGAGUGCAAAAAGAACCUAGAUAUAUUGCUUGAUAUAAAAAAAAACAGGUAUGGUACAAAAGGGGGAACACAUAAUUAGGAACGAAAUAGGUUUGUUGAGUUGUAAUAUACAAAUUAAAUUUUUUAAUUACCUCUGUUUUACACAAUUAUUUCUGUGUUUUGUAAUACAGUUAUGUGUACCUGCAACUGUACUUGUUUUAUAAUACAAGCAUAGGGGUCGUGAGAUGUGUCACAUCAGAUGUUCUGCUUCCAGCUCAUUCUGAGAAGUAAUUUUAUUUAAAGUUAUUAAAUUAGAGUGGAUAUGUGCAAUUUAUAACUUUUGUGAGCAUUAAUUAAAUAAUUAACAAUAAUAAUUUAGAAUGAUGCAGUAAAAUUCAUUAUAUAUUACAGAAAUGUUUCCUCUUUAGGUUAAGCUUAUGGCGAUUUCAUUACAUGCCAAUGUUAUCCACUUUUUGGUUCAACAAAACUAAAAUGCAUUUUGAUGUUUUGAUUAAGAAGUGUAUGUUAUAUAUUUGCUUUUGAAAAUGGAAAAAUAAAUUUAGGAAUUUAUUGAUGAAAGGUUUUGUCUGUUGGAGAGAGAUGAAAAGAAUAAUAGUGCUUCCAAUAGACCGCUCAGACUUCCAAAUUUUGAGUAAGCAAUGACUGCUAAAAGAAUGAAAGUGGUGAAUUUUCAGAAAGCACUUUGCUCCGAAGCAUACAUUUCAUUUAGUUUUCACAGCCUUCUGGAAGUCACCGCAGUGUUAGUUCCAAUUCCAGAUGUAGUGAAUUUUAUAGGAAAAACAAUCUGCGAAAUUGUUGGUGUGUACAUGAAAAUUAAUGUUCUGUGGUUUGUGAUCUUUAGAAAUAGCAUUUAAAAUAUUUCAGAUAAAUCAUGCUCGUGAAACUGCUUUUAUCCUCUACUUGUAGUGAUCAAAUGUACUUGAUAAAUACUACUUUAAUUAAUGUUUGACUGCAAUAUUGUCAUUUUGUGUGUAGAGAAGUAUUUGUUCAUUUUCUGAUUUAAGAUAGAAUGUUUGACAUGUGGUAAAAGGGUAAUGUGAUAAAAUCAUACAUUAUUUUCUGAUUAUCUUGUUACCUCUGUAUUGAUGGUUGCUAAACUGUUGUUUGUAAAGCCAUAAAAGACUGAGUAAAAUGUCUGUUAUUUUCGAGAUGUGUUUUUUUUUAUGUUCAAUGAAUUGGAGUAAAUGGAAGAGAACCACCAAGUUAUAUGGAAAAGGAGACUGAGUAAAUCAUAUUUUACUAAAUUAGUGAUUAUUAAUUUGUAUAGUACAUUUUGUUGUAUCAUUUGGUAUUUUGUGAACACAAGAGCUUACUUGCCACCUUGUCUCCAGAUGGAAAGUGAUGCAAUAAAAACAUUUUAUAUUUAGUUUCUAAUUCUUGCCAUUGAUUUAAAGGAUUACAAGUAGAACAGAGAGCAUAUAUUACAUUUUAAGAAAAUACUUUUUAAGUCUUUGUUGUUCUACUUCAAGAUUUUCUUGCAGGAUCUAAGAGUUCAGCAUUUGUUAUUAGAUUGAUAGCUUGUUUGCACAAGGGAAUUGGGAAUCGCUUUGAUAUCUUUGUCCAAUUUGCUAUUCAAGUGCCAAGUUUAUAAUAAUGCCACAUUCUCAUUGAAAAGAAAGCUGAAAUGUGUGUGAAAAAGAAAUGCCACUUUCAAGAGUAUGUAUGUGUGUAUAUCCAACUUCCUAGUUUUCUUAUUAAGUCUUAAUAGAAUCUUCCAGAAUAAUUGUCAUGUAGUUGUGCUACCAGUCAGCCAUUUGAUUUUGCUCGCAGUAAAUAUACAGACAUGCUUCCUAGUGAAUGCACUGCUAUGUAUACCGUAUCAUACCAUUAUAGAUAUUUUAUUUUGUUAUUGAAUUGAAUCAUUCUGUUAGAAAUAACAGGAUGGGAAAAAUGCAAUACUUUGAAGAUGUGAAUGGUUUGUAAACAAUAGUUCAUUUACUCAGAAAAUAAAUUUGACAGUCCUGAAAAGCUAUUCUUAGCAAAAAAGUGAUAAAUGUUGCUGGAUAAGUUCUUUCCUGAUGUAUAUUUUCUCAUGGAAUUAGUGACAACUUGAAAAUUUAGUGAAAUAGGUACUUAAUUGUUUCUUUAGUCCUUGAUAAAAGGCACCUCUAAAUAUACAUAUAUUAACUUUCUUUUGAAUAUGAAGAAAAUGUAGAGUAAGCUGGAGGAAGAAAAUAUUUUAUUUUAUUUAUAAUUGUGUUAGAUGAAAAUUGGGGAAUACUUUAAUUUUGUACAGUUUAUUAAUCAUUUUAAAAAAAAGCAGAUUGCUCAAUGUUGAUAAAUCAAUUAAAAUUAUUACAAAAUUUGCUAUUGUAAUACUCGUUUUAUUUGUAUGUAGUUAAAAUAGUGUUCAAUCUUUUUGCAAAUUGUAUAUAACAAAUAAAGAAUCUAUGAUCUAACAUUUUAAUAAUGGACUUGUUUUAUUGCAAACUCAACUAAUACACUUCUGAUAUUAAUGAGUAGUUUCAGCUCUUGGAAAUUCAAAAUUUGGUUUAUUUUGA